AUGGCAGGUAAAGGGAAAAAGGGAGGGAAGGGGAAGGCCAUAGAGAUGACAGAAGAGGAGAGACAGCACAUGCUGCAGCAAAAAGCCUUGGCGGAGGAGGAGAUGCUGAGAAAAAAGCAGGCCAUGGCCCAUAAGCAGCUCACAGAGCAGCUGCAGGAGGAGGAGCGCAACACCGAGGUGAAUGAGAACAAGCUGGUAAACAAGUGGCGGCCGAUCUUCCGCCGCAUGCGCGCCAGCGAGCUCCGCAAUGACGUCACCAUGCUCAGCCAAAGCUUCGAGAGAGUGCUGGAUCACAAGGACUGCGUCAUCAAGUGCUUGGAGGACGAGCUGAACAAGACCCGGGAGAAGUCGGCCCAGACGCACCGCUCGCACCUGAACUGCAUAGACCGGCUCCUGACGAUGCAGAGCGAGCGGCUGGUCGCCCUGGAGCAGAGGUGGUGCCGGGAGCUGGAGGAGCUGUGCACCGACUUCACCACCGAGAGGGAGAUUCUUAUAGCCCAGCACCAGCAGGAAUGCAUGUACCUGGAGGAUGUGGACUUUGCCAUCGAGCAAUGCCACAAUGAGGUGGACGCUGACACCAGGCAGGAUUUCUUGAGCACCCGCAACGACAUCAAAAACAGGAACACUGAAGAGAAGAACGCACUGCGGGUGCAGCUGGAGGGGGAGGCGGAGGAGCUGUGGCAUCAGAUCCAGCAGGCUGUGCAGGACUACGCGGAGGCCACAAAGUACCGCAGCAAGACCUUCGACUCGCUGGUGUCCCGGGACGAGUACAGCGCCCUGGAGAUGGAAUCCCAGAUGAAGAAAAUCCAGAAGCUGCAGCACUCGAUUGCAAUGCUGCGGAAUCGGCUGAGCUCCGCUCAGAAGAAGGACGAGGAGGAGGCAGAGGGGCUGAGGACAAUCAGGGAAGAGGUGACCGCGCUGGCCCGGCAGGUCAACGCACAGAUGACCAGCAACCUCUCCAGGGACAGGUGCCAUCUCACCAACCUCACCAUAUACAGCAACGGCGCUGCCAAGAAACUGCAGAGCAUCGUAGACAAGGGAAAGAAGCUGCUGAGGGUGACGGAGAUGUGCCGCAGGAUGGAGACAGAGGAGGAGAAAUCUCUGCGCUUCUACUGCCACUCCCCGAAUUCCAGCGACUCCGCGGAGCAGAUCCCCGAGAGCUGCCAGGACGUGGCACUAACAGUUACUCUUCCCUUUGCCUCCACCCGGUCCCCCCCCGCCCCCGGCCAGGACGUGCUCGAUUACACGGGCCUGGAGAGCGUCUGGCAUCGCUACAACAAGGUGCUGCUGGAGCGUCUGUGCCUGGCGAAGGAGCAGGUGGCGCUCAACCAGGAGAACGAGCGGCUGCGCGGCCUGCUGCGCCAGUACCUGGAGGGCAUCUCCGUCAGCGACGAGGUCCUGCGUCAGCGCAACACCCUGCUCGUAGUGUCGCGGCCCCCCGUGCACAAGCCCGAGCCGGUGCAGUACCCCCGCAGCGCCACCGGGGGGCAGCACGCUUUCAUGAACGUCAGCAUGCUGCCCUCUCUGCAGAUGAUGCAUCACGGUCUUUGA